ACAAUCAACAAUCGACAUUUUAAUAUUAGACGAGAAAAAGGUACGUAUAAUAUAAAAUAAGGAUAAUCAUGGAAAUCGAUGAAGACCUAAGUGCAAUAGAAGCAAAUCCAAUUGCGAGAGAUGAAACCUCCGAGUCAUUUGGUGAUAUAUCCUGUAUAACUAAUGAUUGUAAUGAAAAAGAAAAUGAAAACCCACAUACAAUUGAAACUGACGAAUCUGAUCAGGAAGAUAUUAUAAUGUCAGGAUCAGAGUCAGGAAUAGUUGAAGAUUUCACUUAUGAUCCAACUGCUCUUAUAGAAAUAUCUGAUAUACUCGAUCUCGUUGGUAAAAAUUGGUCAAUUUUUCGUGUUUCUCCAUUAUGGAAUUUGAAUUUUGAUACCAACUAUUUAAAUUUGUUAUCCAAAAAGUUAAAGAAAUUUUUAAUGAAUCAUACAUCUACUAAUAUGAAAAACCAAAAGAAUUCUUUCUCAGAAAUCUCUGUGGAAAUUGAAGCAAAAGAAGCAAAUCAUGAAUGUAUUGCAUUAAAGAUUAAUGUUUUUAACAAUGAUACUAAUUCAAAACUUUACACGGGUUUAUUAUUAAAGUCACCGAAUUAUAAUCAAAAUUAUAGUAAAAAUAAUUUAUCUGACAUGCCCAUAUUAAUGGUACAAGGAAAUAAAUCAAUUUCAGUUGCCAUACAUAAUUGGUUAACUGAAUAUUUUGAUUGUGUCAUUCGACCAUUUGAAUUCGCUUUAUAUCAAUUUCUGUGGCUUAUUGCAAUAUCAAUGGGUGAUGCAGGACCAUUAUACAAUGAAACUGUUUUAUACCACUAUCUCUAUAAAUAUGAAUCAUCAAAGGGCCAGAUGGAUGUAAAAUGUUAUGCUGAAUCCGAGUUCCUUCAAUCAGUCUUAGCCAAGCUUUCACUGAAUCGGUCAUCUCCUGCAACUACUUCAUUCCAUUAUUCAGAUUUGAUUAAAGUACAAUCUGAUAUAGAAGAUCAUUUUAAAAUAACAUGUGGAAUAAAUGUAUCAAAAUUAAAAUUGAAAGCAUUCGAAGCGCCUAAAGUUGCUUCAAUUAAUGUUUCUGGAAAAAUACAAGUUUGGUCAUCCACCCUUAUAGAUUUAAUGUUAAAAUAUCUUAUGGAGCUACAAAACAACAAAUGUAUGCCUUAAAAUAUUAUGAAAUGUAUUUUUCAAUUUUUAUUGAACAAUUAUCCAAAUGAUUUUAUUCGCUUUAUUAUUUUUAACAUACUAUGCAUGCCUACUUUGAUAUUAACUUACAAUUCAUUGUGGACGGAUUGGUUGCUUUUAUCAAAAAAAGAUUGUCCAAACGAAAACUGUAAUAUUACUACUACACACAAACUUUGUCUUGUCGCUACAUAUAAUGACUGUAUAUUAUAGUAUAUAUAAAUAUUUGUGUUUCUCACUCUAGUGUGUAUGUAUAAUAAUUUCUAAUAAAUAGAAACUAUUUUCAUGGUUAUACUAA